AGAGAACUACAGUACGGGGAGAGGAGAGAAGGAGAAAGUAGACCCUGUCCAAGAGCUACAGAUCCAUCAGGCAGGAAACUUCAACCCGUCUCUGCAUUGCAUUUACAAGCAAUGAAGAGUCAAAUCCUACUAGUAGCCAUUUAAGAGGACCACUUCAUCUUGCCACUCGUGUUAUCAUCUUCGAGCUAAGGAUGUGAUGGUUUCUUAAUUGCUUAGUAGCCUGAAACGUGAGAUUUAAAGAGACGGUGCUGUCAGUCACAGCUUCAGUUUAGAGAGGGAGAGAGCAUACCAGAGAGGGCAUGCGUAGUGUCUGUCUGUGUGUGUAGCAGAACCACUAAUGCUAGAUCAUUAGCCAGCAGAAUGGGUAUCCUGUGACCACUACAGUUGGUCGCUGCCUGUCAAGUGCAAAAGCGGGUUGGAGGGAAGUAGCCACAGCGAACGUUACAACCAGCUGACAGUCAGGAAACGUGUGUGUGGACUCGCGGAUACAACCGGAUGGCCAGUGGGAGCUCUGUCUGCCACGGCGAGGGCCGGAGCUUUAGCCAGCGGAGGGGGCAUCCUGUGACUCAUCAGCUGAGGGAGGAGGAGCGAGGAAGACGGACAGAGAGAGGAGAGCAACAGACGGGCCUGUAGAUGCUGUAGCAGUUAUGAACGAUCACUGUGAUUUCUCAGUGCUGUGUGCAGAGGUUGCCUGUGAAGUGCAAAAGCGGUUGGAGGGAAGUAGCCACAGUGAACGUUACAGCCAGCUGACAGUCAGGAAAUGUGUGUGUACUCGUGGGGACUGUGAGGACAGCUCUGGUGUCUGCUGAGAACGUUCAGCUCACCUUAAAGACCAAACUUCGCCAGGAGGAGCAGCACCCUCACGCACGCCAACGGAGGCCCUGACGAGACACUCACCAAAGGGUUCUCUGCAGUAGUAUCUCAUCACAUGCUGGAAUGAUGACCUUAAAGAGAUGCUGGAGAGCAAUAAGGACUCACUCAAACUGGACGCCAUGAAGAGGAUCAUUGCGCUGAUCGCCAAGGGGAAGAAUGCCUCCGAGCUGUUCCCAGCUGUGGUGAAGAAUGUGGCCAGUAAGAAUAUAGAGCUGAAGAAGUUGGUGUAUGUGUACCUGGUGAGGUAUGCAGAGGAGCAGCAGGACCUGGCCCUACUGUCCAUCAGCACCUUUCAGAGGGCCCUCAAGGACCCUAACCAGCUGAUCAGAGCCAGUGCUCUGAGGGUUCUGUCCAGUAUCAGAGUUCCCAUCAUCGUUCCCAUCAUGAUGCUGGCCAUCAAGGAGGCUGCCUCCGACAUGUCCCCUUACGUCAGGAAAACAUCCGCCCACGCCAUCCAGAAACUCUACAGCCUGGAUCCGGAUCAGAAGGAGCACCUGAUAGAAGUCAUUGAUAAAUUGCUGAAGGACAAAAGCACUCUGGUAGCGGGCAGCGUGGUGAUGGCCUUUGAGGAAGUGUGUCCGGACCGUAUUGACCUGAUCCAUAAGAACUACCGUAAACUCUGCAAUCUGCUGGUGGACGUGGAGGAGUGGGGUCAGGUGGUCAUCAUCACCAUGUUGACCCGCUACGCCAGGACGCAGUUCACCAGCCCCUGGAAAGAGGAUGGCCAGUUUGAUGAGAACAGUGAGACGGCUUUCUAUGAGUCUGAUGAGAAGAAGACGAAAAAUGGGGACGAAAAGAAGUCCUACAUGAUGGACCCCGACCACCGACUACUUCUCAGGAACACCAAGCCUCUACUGCAGAGUAGAAACACUGCUGUGGUGGUGUCAGUAGCUCAGCUGUACUGGCACCUGGCUCCUAAACACGAGGUCGGCGUCAUCACCAAGUCACUGGUUAGACUGCUCCGAAGCCACAGGGAGGUGCAGUACAUUGUGUUACAGAACAUAGCCACCAUGUCUAUCCAGAGGAAGGGCAUGUUUGAACCUUACAUGAAGAGUUUCUAUGUGAGAUCCACAGAUGCCACUCAUAUCAAAUCACUCAAGCUGGAGAUCUUGACCAGCCUGGCCAACGAAGCCAACAUCUCAACCAUCCUUAGAGAGUUCCAGACUUAUGUGAAGAGCCAGGACAAGCAGUUUGCAGCUGGUACCAUCCAGGCCAUCGGCAGGUGUGCCACCAACAUCUCUGAGGUGACAGACACCUGCCUCCAAGGACUGGUGCUGCUACUCUCCAACCGAGACGAGACGGUGGUGGCUGAGAGCGUGGUGGUCAUCAAGAAGCUUCUCCAGACCCAGCCCACCCAGCACAGUGACAUCAUCAAACACAUGGCCAAGCUCUUCGACAACAUCGCUGUGCCGAUGGCGCGGGCCAGCAUCCUGUGGCUGAUGGGAGAGUACUGUGAGAGGGUCCCUCAGAUCGCCCCCGACGUCCUCCGCAAGAUGGCCAAGAGCUUCACCUCCGAGGAGGACAUCGUCAAGCUGCAGACUGUCAACCUGGCUGCCAAACUCUACCUCACCAACUCCAAACAGACCAAGUUGUUGACCCAGUACAUUCUGAACCUGGGGAAGUAUGACCAGAACUAUGACAUCAGAGACCGCACUCGCUUCAUCCGCCAGCUCAUCGUGCCCAAUGAGAAGAGCGGAGCACUCGGCAAGUACGCCCGCCGCAUCCUGCUGGCGCCCAAACCAGCGCCCGUCCUCGAGUCCACGUACAAAGACCGUGAUCGUUACCAGCUGGGAACCCUGUCCCACACCAUCAACACCAAAGCCAGCGGCUACCUGGAGCUCUCUGAUUGGCCUGCCGUGGCUCCUGACCAAUCAGUGAGGAACGUGGAGGUGAUUGAGCCGGUGAAGGAGUGGGCUCCAUCGCUAGGGAAGACUGGAAAGUCCAAGCUGUCCAGGUCAUCAGAUGAUAAGUUCUACUCUGACUCUGGAGAGGAGGAGGAGGAGGAGGAGGAGAAGGAUAAGGGCUCAGGGAGCAGUAGCAGUGAUGACAGCAGCAGCAGUAGUGAAGUGUCAAGCAGUGAGGCAGAGAGCGAUGAGGAAAAGAGCAGUAGUCAGAGCAGUGAAGAGUCCGACAAGUCCUCCAGCCAAUCGGAGAAGAGUUCCAGUGAGUCCGACUCUGAACAGAAGAAGAAAACAACUAAGAAACCACCACAGAAGAAGACAGUCAAACCAACGGCCAAAGACAGUGAUUCGGAUGAGAAUGGGAACGUUGCUAAAGAAGCCAGCAGUUCGUCUGCAGAAGAGACUUCGUCUGGUUCCGAAUCUGGUUCCGACGCAGACUCCCACUCAGGCACCGAACGCAAGAAGAAAACCAAGUCUAAAGCCAAACCCAAGGUGGAGGUGAAGUCAACGAAGGUGGUGUCCCUGUUGAAGGAGGUGUCCCUGUUGGAUUUGGAUGACUUCAAUCCUACACCAGUGACCCGGCCCAAGAUGUCUGUCCUCUCCCCCAGCCUGCUUGGAGACCUGGAAGGCCUGUCUCUCUCCAACAUCUCAUCAACCAUACAGGUGAGCGGCCCGGCGUUUGUCCCAGAGAAGAGGCAUGACCUGCUGCACCGUAUGGCAGGUAAAGGUCUGUCAGCCCAGUACCAGUUCCCCAGACAGCCCUGUCUCUACCAGCCCACCAUGGUCUCAGUCCAGAUCAGCCUGACCAACACCUCAGACCACCCUCUGGAACAGAUCCACAUCGGAGACAGGGGCCCCACAGGACUCCACAUGCACUGCUUCAAUACUAUAGAGUGUCUGCUGCCAGAGGCCUCGGUGACUGUGUCUUUGGGCGUCGACUUCAACGACUCAACCCAAGCAGCCAACUUCCAACUGUGUACGAAGGAGGACCAGUUCAGUGUGUCCAUCCAGCCUGCUGUAGGAGAACUCUUCCUACCCGUCACCAUGACCGAACAGGACUUCCGCAAGGAGCAAGGGAAACUGCUGGGCAUGAACGAGAGCUCGGCAACCAUCACCAUGGCAGCAGAGAACACGACCAGCCAACCAAUCAGCAGACAGGUGGCAACCGUGGCCAACCUGGGAGUGGUUCCAUCCGGUCAAGACAACAUCCACAGGUUUGCUGGUAAGACGGCCAGUAGUGGAGCUGUGGUGCUGGUGACGGUAGAGCUGAGGGGGGAGUCUACAGCCCUGAUCACCAUCAACACAGAGAAGAGUGUCAUGGGUCCCAUGCUGCUCCGAGACCUGAAAUGGGCCCUGGCCCAGGCCUAGAGCGCCCCUCCCUAGCCCCAGUACUCCAACACACCGAGAAGAAUAUCUCCAACUCAUUCAUCCAAAUGUCUUUCUCUCUCCCGAUCUUUCAUUUUUCUUCCUCUCUUGCAUUCUCUGUCACACAAAUACCCACUUUCAUACAUGCAGGCAAGGAGAUCUCAGAUCGUCUCCAGAAACGUUUUUUUUUUAUUGCUUCGAGAAAAGCACUCCUAGAUUCCUUAUAGCAUUAUUUAAAUACUGUUAUUGGAAUUUGAAACCUCCUGAAGCGUUUCAAGAGCCAAAAGCCAAGACGAAUGAACUACCGUGAUGCUAUAUAGUGUAUGACAUUGAUAUAAACAAGAUAGUGCUUUUCUUUUUAGCUGAAGGUAGCCUAGCGUUUAGAGCGUUGGGCUACUAACCAAAAGGCCGCUGGUUGGAAUACCCCAAGCCAACAAGGUGAAAAAUAUUUGAUGUGCCCUUAACCCUAAUUUGCUCCUAGGGCGCCGUACUACUAUGGCUGACCCUGUAAAACACAUUUCACCCCACCUAUCUGGUGUGACAAUAUAAAAAAUUCCACUGUUACUGUGCCUCAUCCAUUCCAAACCCUUAUAUCGUUUCCAACGGAGCAACACCUGUGAAGUGCCUUUAUAAAUGAAGAAAGUUAUGUUUUUUAGGUAACCAAAAAUGUGUUCAUCAAUCAUUGAGGUCUGUAUCACUAUUGGUGAAAUGAACUGAAUUUAUUAAAAAUGGUUAAGUGAA